AUGCCAGUACCAAACCAAGAAAAAUGGAACGCUAUAGCUACUGAUUUUUGGGCUAGGUGGCAGUUUCCAAACUGUAUCGGUGCUUUGGAUGGCAAACACGUUGUAAUACAAACUCCAAAAUUAUCGGGAUCUCUCUAUUGGAACUACAAAAAAACGUAUUCAAUUGUGCUUCUUGCCCUGGUUGAUCCUUGUUACAACUUUAUUGUAGUUGAUGUUGGUUCUUACGGGAAAAAUUCUGAUGGAGGAAUUUUUUCGAAUUCAAACUUUGGAAAAGCAUUACAAAAUGGCAAGCUCAAUGUGGCAAGCAAGGGUAGAGAAAACAAAACAAGAAUCAGACUUAAGACAUCUUCUAUAUGGAGGUAA